ACAGUGCGGAGGUUGGACGUGUGCGCAGAGCUCCCGGCAGAGGGCGGCUCCCGGAAAGGUGGAUCGACCCAUACGGCUUCUUGUUGGUGUUUUUUUAAAACGUUGACAGGUUUCUUAUCCUGAAGAGCAUUUAAGUGAAUAGCCGUGGAAUUUUGUGUUGAUUGACCUUUUAACGUGAUUAAUAUCAUUGCACAAAUAAUCCAACGCAUUGCUGGAUAACACAGUUUGGAAGAGAAACUCACCCUCGAACAUCUGACUGAAAAGAUACAUUCCCGCCCUCAAGAUGGAUCUCGAGACUUGAGAGACUUGGAAUUAUCGAGUGUUACGCCUCGUCCCUCGAACUUCUUAACGUUACCUUGCAGGAGGUCGUGACAUUUCCUGCCCCUCACGCGACCGAAACUCCACAAAAAGAAGAGACGAGACCGAGCCCGGAGCACUUCCGAGCGUUCGCGGAGUUAUUCCGAAGCCCAAAAUGGGUCCCUGAGUCAGCACUUCUUCGGGUCUUCCAGGGAGAUCCCACGAUAGUGUUGUCCUCAACGCGCAACUCAGACAGUGAGUGAUAGACAUUAAAGGAAACGGUGUGUAAACAGAAAACCCCAUUGCUUGUAAGUGAAGUGAAAAAGUUCACACCACCAGACCAAAGUAGUGACUGUGCGCUAUGCUGGCCACGAGGAGACGCCAGUGAGCACAGGCAGAGGAGCCACGCCGCCGCAAGCAUGGGUCCUGCGGGCGUGUUCACGUGCGAGGCUGUCUACCACGGGCGGAGGCAAGUGCAAGGGUCCCAGUCCUCCGCCACCCUCACCGCCCUCGUGGAUCACCUCGUCCACGCGCCCGUGCCCACGCCAGCCCACGAUGCCCAGACGUAUACCAAGCUGCGGCGAGAGCGAUGCCAGCUGCAGUGCGACGACGAGCGCCUCCGCGUCACGCCCGUCCGCAAAGAUGAAGGGUUCGAGUCCGACUCCGAGUCCUCCGGCAGCGCCUGCGACGAGUCCUGCUGCGGCACCCAGGACAUCAAGGUGAUCAGCGACCACGUGCUGCGCCUCGACCAGCUGAUCCACGAGGAUGGCGGCUCGAUGGGCUUCGCCUCGGCCUCCGACGACACCUCUUCUUCCGCCACCAGCAGCGGGGCGGAGAGCGAGGACGACACCCCCAGGUCGGGGGGGUCGCACCACCCCCACCCCAACCAGCACACGCAGGUUGACGCGGCCGGAGGAGUCGGUGACAUGUUCCUGAUGAGCGACAUCCUGUACUGCCACGUGGCGGCGGCGACGCCCCGAGUGGUGGUGGUGGUGGUGAAGGACGCGGGAUCUAGUCAGGUAUUCGCCCACGUGUUCCAGUGCCUCACCGAGGAUGCCGCCAGAUCUCUCUACGCCCACUACAAGGAAGCCAGUAAUAAAUACAAACUCAAUAGAUAUAGGAACAGCAAACGAAAGACCGAGUUGUUGAAGGGCGAAGCAGCUGGCCAGGGCGGGAAAGUGGUUAGCGCCAGCGGCGGCGGCACCAAGAAGGGCGCCAAGAGCCUGAGCCACGCGCUGGACGGCGGCGGCGGUCGCGGCUCCGUCCGGUCGGUGGAGGCCCGAGUGCUGACGGGGGAGAAGCGCGGCGACACAGGAAGCAACGUCAAUGUUAUCGAAAUUCGCGAGACGCAAGAGGACGGCGAAAAGUCGCGUCCCUGGAACCUCGUGCAGCACACCGAUGCGAACGGCGUGACGCACAUCGAGAUAGAGAGCGGGCCUUGCAGCCUCGUCAGCAGUUCCUCCGAGGUGUCAGACUUCAGCAGCAUGGUCAGCCUAGGCGCAACACGAAGCGGCCAAUCUGCGCAGCCAGCGUCCCUUUUGGCCCCGAGGCCGUCUAGCCGAGCUGAGGCUUUUAGCAGCAGCAGCGGCAGCGACGGCGGGAGCGUGCGGGGCACCAACAGCUGCCCCAGCAGCCUGGUGAGCAACGGGCGGGAGGUUCUGGUCGCUGGAGAGACGGACAAGAAGUUCAGACAGCGCCAGCCAGCGCUCCUGCUGCGGGAGGACCUUGCGCGGCAGGCGAGGAGAGCCGACGAGUGGCGCAGCGACGACAGCCUGAGGCGAAGCGAGAAGAGGAGGGACGACCCGGGCAAAGAGGACAAAAAGUCCCGCCGCGACGACCAUGACGGACGCAGCCGGCGCGAGCGGUACGAAGGGGACCGAAUGCUGGUCCGGGAGGUGACGAGGGCCACUAUGGAGGCCAUGAUCCCCCGAAUCACCACAGACCGGCAAGGCCGACCCCGAGACCACUCCCGAGGGCGACUCCGGCACUCCCACAACAAGGGGCCUGCACCCCCUCCUCCGCCCCGCCGGCACCCCAACAACCCCUCGCUCAUGCUGGUCCCCACCAAGAGCGGCACCGAGAACGCUCGCGCAUUUUACCCCAAAGAGUCCCACAUCGUGCGCGGGAACAAGCUGGUGCGCGUCGACUACCCCGCGUACCCCGGCGGCUGGAUGCACCAGGACGUCAACAACAACCCCCAUCAUUACAACUAUUAUUCGGGCGCCGCCUGGCUGGGCCCCCACGAGUACCACGCGCUGCGGCACCGCGACCCCCCCAUUACGCCGGAGAUGAGGCGCCGGUCGCGCUCGAAGAGCCCCGCGCGGAGGCCGAUGGCCCACCGCUACAUCGACGCUGUCUCGACGUUCAGCAUCUCGCAGAAGCUCAAGGACUUCUCCGACGCGGUUUUCACGAGCAAAAAGAACAAUAAUAAUGUCGCUAGUAAUGCAAUGGGAAAUAGCCUUAGUGCGAACUGUGGUCAGUUUAACUCCAGUAAUGAUACGGAGGUCAAAGGUCACCAGCGGUCACUGUCUACUGCGUCUGCGCCAGCGGGAGACGGCGACGGCACUCUCAGGCCAGUCAUAAAGAAGGGCCGCCGACCGGAAAAUUCCCCCCAGACCCGCCGCGUCACCUUCAGCGCUUACGCCACGGUGCAGGUGAUGGACGCGUGACCCCGCGACGCCAGAGAGUCUGACGCGGCCGCCCCGCCGUCGCCGUCGCUGCUCAAAGACACCAGCUGUGCCUCAGUGGGAAAACGACGGUUCCAAUAACCCUUCCGCCUCCCUGUCGCUGCAGUCUUGUUUGGGUGAAUGAAUUACCUCUUCCUUAACCCUGUGGUCUAAUCAAAGUCAUGUGGAUACUUUAGGAAUAAGAUUCUGUAGAUCGGUGCGGCCGACGCUCCGCAUGUCCAGCAGUGCGUGGCGGUCAGAUGCGGCCUCUCGACGUCUCCUGCGAGCGCCGGUGCCACGAGCGAUGAUCGACGGAACAAGGCGAGGGGCGCUCUGCGGACGCGAAGGCCGACGCUGCAAGAACGCUUCUUGUUACUACUUCAAGCUUCCGCAGUGGUUUAAACCUUUCAUACACUCUCAUAAGCUUUUAAGUCGCUUCUCCAUCGUUGUUAAUUUAUCAUCAAAUAUCAUGUUUAGAUUCAUCGUCAUCUCCGGUUAAUCACAACCUCCAUUAGAGCUGAUGCAUAUAUACAUACAUAUAUAUAUAUGCAUAUGUGUGUGUGUGUAUGUAUGUAUGUAUGUAUGUAUGUAUGUAUGUAUUGUAUGUACGUACAUCAGCAGUUAGUAUUGUUCUUAUCACUUUAGAAGAUCGCUGAAAAGAGUACCAUCGCGAGUCAUGUGAUGGUGGCAACAAAUCGGUUACUAGGAAGUUUGUCUGUCAGUUGUAUUAUAUUUUUAUCAAGAGGCUUUUUAUGUUUGCGUGAGUCUUAGAGAGAGAGACAGAGACAGAGACAGACAGAGACAGAGAGAGAGAGAGAGCGAGAGCGAGAGCGAGAGCGUGUGCCAUACAUACUACCAGCGCACACACACAAUGUCCUGGAGAACAAGACGACCGUUUGGGAAGGGAAAGCAGGAUGUGUGGAGGAAAACAUCGAAAUUGAGCGAAACUUGGCCAAUUUCUUCCCACAGGGUUACCACAAGGCGGGCCACAGCGCUGCGCCACGCGAUUACCGAAGACCCCAGGCAUGGAAACGCACCCGCCCACACACACGCCCACGGUGAUCUGGCUACACGCGCGCGUGCGCACGCACACAAGCGCGCGCACACACACACACACACACACACACACACACACACACACACACACACACACACACACACACACACACACACACACACACACACACACACACACACACACACACACACACACCAGACACGUGUACCUUCACACCCAAUAAUCGCAUGCAUGAUUUUGAAUGAACUAAAAGUCGUGUCUCAUUUACAGUCACGUUUUCAUCAUGGCUCCACGUCUGUGCAUUCGUUUUGUAUAGCAUAUAUCGUGUAUAAAUCAUUCUCUCAUUCAGACAGUCCCAUUCAAUCAUGCACUUCCCAAUAUCAUGCUUUCACCAGGCUAAAGUAUUGUAAAUGUAUUAUACAUACAUGCCUACGAACGUACACAUGUAUUUGUGUAGGUACAUGUAUGUGUGUCUGUGUGUGUGUGUAUUUUAUGUCCGUAUGCAUAUUAUGUGUACGCGUGUAUAUGAAUGGAUGUAUGUACAAUAACAGCAUAGUGCCUUUGACUGUGUUAGGUCCAAAAGAAUAUCCAUCUUCACAUGCCCUUCUGUGUGCGAAAGAGAGCUGUCCUAGAACGAUUUAUGUGUAAAAGUUUUAUGACUAUGUUUUAUUUCGCCUGCGAACUGAGUGGGAACAUUAUAAAAGAUAAAUUGUAUAUAAUGCAAUUAAUAAAGUCAGUAUUAACAAU